AUGACGGCUAAUCUUUCGAUCAUGGCAGCAUCACCAGGCCCGGGGAAGCCCUUUCCUUUGACUCGGAAGGCCAACAAUCCUGGCUUUGGCCAACAGUCAUCUCGAGCUCCCAACACAUUUCAACUUGCACCGGUAAAAGGGUAUGCCUUCGCCACCCACUGUGGAGAGAUUCGUAACAUCAUUCGAUCCACGUUAGACGAAGCACUGGUCGACAGCCAGUCUGACCUGCAGCAGACACUCAUGGAUGCGUUGGGCAAGAUAAAAUCUGAACUUCUACAGAUUCAAGCAUUGUUCUUUCCUCGUCAUCGACUCGUAGUUCAUGGGAUAAUCGGUGGUGUUGUGCAUAACCAGCCUUCGAUCAUCUACGGUAGCCAGUGUCUCGGGGAGCAUGAAUGCGGUGACGAUGGCGUCAGUGUUUCAGUUAGGAGUCAUGACAAAUUCAUUUGUGUCAGUGCAUAUGGAUUUUAUCAGAGUUAG